AUGGGUAUGCGACAAAAUCUGUUCGUCUUGUUCAACCUGGUCUCUCUUUGUGUCUUUUCGGGAGAGGCUGCAUUCCUAAGAAGCGAUCCCAAAUUCGUCUGGCGCGGUGCCGGCAGGUCUCCUCAAGAGAUCAAGGCAGCCGGCGGCUUCGUGCCCAAAGGUCUCACUGCAGUCGGAGAGGUAGCCCCCAGCAUUAGCCUUUGGAACCAUGUUGACAUCCCCGAGGAGUAUGACGAGGAGGGAAACCGCAUAGGCCUUGGUUCAACCCGAGAUGAUGACGGCUACACUUCAUUCACUUCAUCGUUCCUCUUGGCCCUUGGUCAUGCCUUCUUCUCGCGACAGCAGGAAACGACAUGGAUCUACAGGGUCAAAACGACUCCCAACAUGAUUGAUGUUACGAAGACGCUGGGCAAAUACAACGUUUACUUUGAAGAAGAUGAGUAUGCAGCCUUAGGAGGUGUCAAGUGGGACCAGAUAGUCUCCUGGCGCAAGAUCGACAGAAGUAACCUUCAAAGCUUUAGCUGGCUAUUGCCAAUCAAGAACCCGGAUUAUAAUGAAAUACGAUACAGCGGAUUCCGGACUGGCGGCGCACAGUAUGGCCUUGCCGGCUUUCCUCCAAACCAUAAGGCAUGGUGGGAGGACCCGUGGAAACAGUUCAGGCCUUGCUCGGCAGAGCAAGGCACGGUACGCGUCCAAAACCCCAUGUGA